AUGCCUCUCAAACGCAAGGCGGCCGAUGCUGGUCGGUCUAGCAGCGCGUCGAAGCGAGCCACACCCAUCCCCGAUACCACAGAAAUCUCUAGCAGCGAUGAAUACUCAGAUACAGAAGAGUUGCCGGAGGAAUCCAACUUGAAAGAGGUCGUCAACAAGUUCUCGCUCGAGUCAUUCAGCAAAAAGAACCCGGUGAAUAAGACGGACCCCAGAUUUGGGUACAAGGAUCUUUCCUCGCUCCCGCUAAAGGUCGAUCACUACAACCGGCCGUUAUGGAUCGAGCCUUUGAAAGGCACAAUCACCCUUGAGAGUUUCUCUCCGCUGGCACCCCAAGCUCAAGAUUUCUUGACCACCAUCGCGGAACCGCUUUCGCGCCCGACCCACCUUCACGAAUACCGAUUGACCGGACACAGUUUAUAUGCGGCGGUCUCGGUCGGCCUCAAACCGCAGGAUAUUGUGGAGUUCCUGGACCGUCUGUCAAAAACCCCGCUGCCUGAGAGUAUUCGGACGUUCAUCAUCGAGUUCACUAAAUCCUACGGCAAGAUCAAGAUGGUGUUGAGGCAUAACCGAUACUUUGUGGAAACGACGGAUCCCGAAAUGCUGCAGCGUUUGCUGAAAGACGAGGUUAUCGGACCGCAGAGAAUGGACAAUACCGAAGGUAUCAUUGAGCGGGCUGCCCCGAAAAUGGGUGGCCUGGUCAUUCCCGGAACGAAAGAUGCAGCUGGUGUACGAGAGACCACUCAACAGGAGGCUGCUGCUGCCAGGACCGAGAAGCAAAAUGAAGAAGGCGGGGUCGUGGACUACGGCAUCGACGAUGUUGGCGAGGAUGAAAAUGAAGAAGCAACCACAUACAGUUUCGAAAUUCCCGCCGCUGGAGUCGAAGUGGUCAAAGCCCGCUGUCAAUCGAUCGGGUGUCCUGCCUUGGAAGAGUACGAUUUCCAAGGAGACACAGUCAACCCGAAUUUGGAUAUGGAUUUGAAGCCUGCGGCACGAAUCCGAUCUUACCAAGAGAAGAGUCUUAGUAAGAUGUUCGGUAACGGACGAGCCAAGAGUGGUAUUAUCGUGCUUCCUUGUGGUGCCGGCAAAACCCUUGUGGGUAUCACAGCCGCGGCAACCAUCAAGAAAGGAACGAUCGUCCUCUGCACCAGUUCCAUGUCCGUUGUGCAAUGGCGAAACGAGUUUUUGCGAUGGACGACCAUCGAUCCUGGCGAUAUCGCUAUUUUUACAUCUGAUCACAAGGAGAAAUUCAAACGUUCAACCGGUAUCAUUGUGUCCACAUACUCAAUGGUGUCACAGACCCGUGCUCGGUCGUAUGAUGCCCAGAAGAUGAUGGAUUGGCUCCAGUCCAGAGAAUGGGGUAUGAUGAUUCUUGAUGAGGUGCACGUCGUGCCAGCCUCGAUGUUCCGAAAGGUCACAUCUGCCAUUGCUGCGCAGAGCAAACUUGGCCUCACUGCAACUUUGCUCCGUGAAGAUGACAAGAUCAAAGAUCUGAACUUUCUGAUUGGACCCAAGCUCUACGAAGCAAAUUGGAUGGAACUCGCCGCUCAGGGUCACAUUGCCAAGGUGCAGUGUGCCGAGGUGUGGUGUCCAAUGACCACCGAGUUCUACUCCGAGUAUCUACGUGAAAGCUCUAGAAAACAGGCCCUGCUCUACAUCAUGAAUCCCCGCAAGUUUCAGGCAUGUCAGUUCCUAAUCGACUUCCACGAGAAGCGUGGCGACAAGAUCAUUGUAUUUUCGGAUAAUGUGUAUGCUCUGGAGCGAUACGCGCUGAAGCUGAACAAGGCUUACAUUUACGGUGGAACCCCGCAAAACGAGCGCAUGCGGAUUCUAGAGAACUUCCAACACAACGAGCAGGUCAACACGAUCUUCCUGUCGAAGAUCGGUGAUACCUCUCUUGAUCUGCCCGAGGCUACCUGUCUGAUCCAAAUUUCAUCCCACUACGGUUCGCGUCGUCAAGAGGCCCAGCGAUUGGGCCGAAUCUUGCGAGCCAAGCGCAGGAAUGACGAGGGCUUCAAUGCUUUCUUCUACUCGCUCGUAUCCAAGGAUACCAAUGAGAUGGUGUAUUCCGCCAAGCGGCAAGCAUUCCUAAUUGACCAAGGUUACGCCUUCAAGGUCAUUACCCAUCUUCAAGGCAUUGACAACUACGAGGGACUCUCGUACGCAACGCCAGCAGAGCGCCGUGAGCUCCUUCAAGAAGUCAUGUUACAGAACGAGUCCUCCGCAGACGUCGAACAAGUCAACGACGACUUGUUCUCGAUGCGCUCGGGCAAAAGAGUGACAGGCAAGAAACCGAAUGCGAAACGCAGCGCUGCCACUCUCAGCGGUCUGGCUGGUGGUGAUGAUAUGGCGUACAUCGAGUACAACAAGAGCAGAAACAAACAACUCAAAGAUAAGACUGGUCACCAUCCACUUUUCAAGAAAAUGGAGCGAGACCGUCAACGCCGCAAAAAGGAAAGGGAGACCGAAAAUUAA